CAACACCCGAAGAAAAAGGCCUGUUCGCGUCGUCCGGACGACCGGAACCCCUAAAAUUUCCCCAUUCCAAAUUCCCCAUCCGCUUCUACUCCACACCCCGCCCGCCCCACCACCGCGCCCAACCCCAAUCCGUUGAAAUCCGCGGCGGAGCAGACCGAGACGAGGCAGAUCGGGAGGCGGCGCCGGCGGGCUCCCCUGUUAUGGGCGGCGACCAGCGGCAGCUGGGGAGGACGAUGAGCUUCGGGAUCCCGGACGUGGCGCUAGGGCUGGUGAUGGGGUGCGUGGAGGACCCCUGGGACCGCGACGCCAUCUCGCUCGUGUGUCGCCACUGGAACCGGGUCGACGCGCUCAGCCGGAAGCACGUCACGGUGGCCAUGGCCUACUCCACCACGCCCGACCGCCUCUUCGGUCGCUUCCCAUGCCUCGAGUCCCUCAAGCUUAAGGCCAAGCCCCGGGCCUCCAUGUUCAACCUCAUCCCCGAGGACUGGGGCGGCUCCGCCUCGCCCUGGAUCCGGCAGCUAUCGGCCUCCUUCCAUUUCCUCAAGGUGCUCCACCUCCGCCGGAUGAUUGUGUCCGACGACGACCUCGACGUUCUCGUCCGCGCCAAGGCGCACAUGCUUGUGUCGCUCAAGCUCGACCGAUGCUCCGGCUUCUCCACGCCCUCCCUUGCUCUCCUCGCCCGUUGCUGCAAAAAACUGGAAACAUUGUUCCUUGAAGAAAGCUCGAUUGCUGAGAAAGAAAAUGAUGAAUGGCUUCACGAGCUUGCUACCAGCAAUACUGUCCUUGAGACACUGAAUUUCUUUUUGACGGAUCUCAGAGUGUCACCAGCAUAUCUUGUCCUCCUUGUGCGCAAUUGCCGAAGGCUGAAAACUCUGAAGAUCAGCGACUGCUUCAUGUCUGACCUGGUCGAUUUGUUCCGUACAGCACAAACACUACAAGACUUCGCCGGUGGUUCCUUUGAGGAUCAGGAUCAAGGUGGGGAGAGUAGAAAUUACGGAAACUACUAUUUCCCUCCUUCGCUACACCGCUUGAGUUUGCUCUACAUGGGAACAAAUGAGAUGCAGAUACUAUUUCCAUAUGGUGCUGCAAUCAAGAAGUUAGACCUUCAGUUCACAUUCCUUACCACAGAGGAUCACUGCCAAAUAGUUCAGCGCUGCCCUAAUCUAGAAGUUUUGGAGGUGAGAGAUGUGAUAGGAGAUCGAGGAUUAGAAGUUGUUGCACGGACCUGCAAGAAAUUGCAGAGACUCAGAGUAGAGAGGGGGGAUGAUGACCAAGGAGGUCUUGAGGACGAACAUGGUAGGGUCACACAGGUGGGAUUGAGGGCUGUAGCUGAAGGCUGCCCUGAUUUGGAGUACUGGGCGGUUCAUGUGUCUGACAUUACAAAUGCUGGUCUUGAGGCCAUUGGUUCGUUCAGCAAAAACCUUAACGAUUUCCGACUUGUCCUGCUUGAUAGAGAACUGCAUAUAACUGAAUUGCCCCUUGACAUCGGUGUUCGUGCUUUGCUGAGAGGCUGCACCAAACUCCGGAGGUUUGCAUUCUAUGUGAGACCUGGAGCUUUAUCAGAUGUUGGUCUUUCCUAUGUUGGUGAAUUUAGUAAGACCGUCCGCUACAUGUUGCUUGGGAAUGUUGGGGAAUCUGAUGAUGGACUGCUAGCAUUCUCAAGAGGAUGCCCAAGCUUGCAGAAAUUGGAGCUAAGAAGUUGCUGUUUUAGUGAACGUGCAUUGGCCGUUGCUGCGUUACAGCUCAAGUCACUCAGAUAUCUAUGGGUGCAGGGAUACAAGGCAUCUUCGACUGGCACUGAUCUCAUGGCGAUGGUACGACCCUUUUGGAACAUCGAAUUUAUUGCACCUAAACAAGAUGAGCCUUGCCCAGAGGGCCAGGCACAGAUUCUGGCAUACUACUCUCUGGCCGGGGCGAGGACAGAUUGCCCUCAGUCCGUAAUUCCCCUCUAUCCAUCAGUUUGAAUCUAAAACGUCCACCAGUUUGAGUGUACAUACAUGUUUGAUGCCAGACUGUGAAACCCACGGUACAGUGCAGAUUCUAUAUUGUUCAAAAUAUCUGCAGACCUGGCGUUCCUAUUAUGCUUUCAGUGCAGAUUCCACUGCACGGGACCAAUUACAGAACUGAAAGCUUGAGGAAAAGCGACCCGCUCUCAACUGUCUUCAUAUCUGAGGAACAACAUUUCAGCGUAAGCUUAGCCCAACUGGCCAGCAUGGAUAUGUGUACUAUACCAUUUUGACUGGGCUUGGACACACAUUUUUGUAAUAAUGUACCCAGUUCCAAUGUUUCUUGGCAUUUUUCCUGUUUAGCUUUGCCCCCAUUGUAUUGUUGUUGCUCUAUGAACUACCGUGUUGGAUUAGUUGUUGUACCAUUCAGACUUGUUACGUUUUGUACCAGCCACACGAUGUCCUGGAAUUUUGCUUCGACUUGCCACUGCUUUACCAGUUACGA